AUGGAAGCUCCUCGUCCCGUCGUUAGAAAAAUACAGAGGAAGCCGCUCGCGGAUUGCACAAACACCGUCUCUAGAUCUUCCCAACAGUCAUCUUCUUCCUCCGCUACUCUCGUCAAAUUCGCGAAUCCGAGUCUCACUUCUUCUCUCAAGAGGUUAGUAGAUCAAACUACUCUCAAGGAGAAACAACCCAAAGAUGUUGAUAACUCGGAAGCUGUUACCGGAAACGCUUCUCGAUCUAUUGCCACGAAAUCGAAGCCCGUAACUCGUCGUAUCUCUUCCGAUCUGGGGUUUCAAGCCUCUUCGCCUUCUCGUACUCGAAAACCGGAAGAUGUUAAUAAUUCGAAGCUUGGUGAAGGAAGCGCUUCCCGGUCUGUUGCCACGAGCGCUAGACGCGUAACUCGCCGUAUGUCUACUGAUCUGGGUUUUCCGGCUACUGUGCCUUCUCUUCCCCAGAACUCGCGCUCUGAUCAAGGCGUUAGUGACAAGGAGAUUACUGAGCCUUACUCAGUUUACACGGUAAGAAGGAAGGCUUCUGGGAUGAAAAGGAAUAAAGAAGCAUCUUCGUCUGGUGCAGUGGCUAACCUUCUUCUUGACUUGAUUCCAAGCUCAGGGAAGCAAACACAUCACGCAAGUAAAAACAAACCGACACCCUUGAAGAAAGUGGCUCCCAAAAAGAGGCAGCGAACGGUAAAGCAUGAGGAAGAUAAAGUGGCUCAUGGGGCUUCUCAGGAUUAUAUCGAGCAGCAGAGAGCUUACUUUGCAGAGGUUGAUGCAUUUGAGCUGCCAGAAGAAGAGGUAUCUAGUAGCGACUUAGACUAA